CCCCGCCCCCGAUGGCCCCGCCCCGUUCCCGCCUUCGCCCGCGCUCCAAGAUGGCGGCGCCGUGGCCGCUGCCGCUGCUGGCGCUGCUGGCGGCGGGGGCGGCGCUGGGCCGGGCCGGGGGACUCUGCCGGGGGGGCUCCGGUACCGGCACCGGCACCAGGGCCGGUGACACCGAGAGCUGCCGGGUGAGCCUGAGCCUGGAGCACUCCUUCGAGCUGGACGACGCGCCGCGGUUCCGCCGCCGGGGGACGCUGGUGCUGAGCUGGGGCCCCGAGCCCGCGCUGGCACUGGCCCAGAAACCGCUCGGGGACGAGGAACGGGCCCGGCUCAGGGAGGUGGCCGCGCGGGACGGGCUGUACCGGGUGCGGGUUCCCCGCAGGCCCCUGGGCCCGGGCGAGGACGGCGGCUCCGAGUUUGUCACCUCCUUCGUGAGGGCGUGUGCCCUGCUGGAGUCCCACCUGUCGGACCAGCUCUCGCUGCACCUGGACGUGGCCGGGCACGUGGUGGCCCUGGGGCUGGUGGCAGCGCCGGGCACCUGCCGGGGCUCCCAGGUGGAGGACGGGCACCUGGAGCUCUUCAACACCUCGGUGGCACUGAGACAGCCCCUGCCCGCCGCCACCCCUGAGACCGCCGCCUUCAUCCGGCACCUGGAGCAGGAGCAGGCCCAGCGCGCCCGGAACCCGCAGGAGCAGAAAUCCUUCUUUGCCAAAUACUGGAUGUACAUCAUCCCCAUCGUGCUCUUCCUCAUGAUGUCCGGAGCUCCCGACGCCGGGGGGGCGCAGGGGGGGGGCACGGGGGGCGGGGGGGCGGCGGGGGUCAGGUGAGACCCCCCCAAAAAU